CGCCACGUACUGUGACACGCUGGACCCCCUGGUCCUGCCGGCCCCCGGCUCCUACGUCAAGUACGAGAGCAGCAAGGCCGGCAAGCGGCUGGAGCGGAGCGAGGGGAAAUUCCAGAGCACUCUGCGCACCCCAGCACGUGAAGGGCUUCGGCGGGUCCCUCUCCGAUUCUGCUGCCAUGAACAUCCUGAAGCUGUCCCAGCCAGCCCAGGACAACCUGCUGCGCUCCUACUUCUCCGAGAGCGGGAUCGAGUACAACCUCAUCCGGGUCCCCAUGGCUUGCAGCGACUUCUCCGUGCGCCCCUACAGCUACGAUGAUGUCCCCAACGACUACGAGCUGAAGCACUUCAGGCUGGUGGACGAGGACGUGAAGAUGAAGAUUCCCCUCCUGCGCCGAGCUUUGGCCAUGAGCAAGCGGCCGCUGCUGCUCUUUGCCAGCCCCUGGACCGCCCCAGCCUGGAUGAAGAGUAACGGGGACGUCCGUGGGAAAGGGACUCUGAAGGGGAAAGCAGGGGACAAGUACCACAAGACCUGGGCCAACUACUUCAUCAAGUUCCUGGAUGAAUACGCCAAGCACAACGUGACCUUCUGGGCGGUGACGGCACAGAAUGAGCCGCUGGCGGGGCUCUUCACGCCCCCCCAGGCCCCCACCAUCGCCUUCACGGCCGCACAGCAGCGGGAUUUCAUCGCCCAGGACCUGGGCCCCGCGCUGGCCCGCAGCCCCCACCGCACACGGCUCCUCAUGCUCGACGACCAGCGCAUCCACCUCCCACACUGGGCCAAAGUGGUCCUGGGAAAUGCCACAGCUGCCCGUUAUGUGGCUGGCCUGGCCGUCCACUGGUACCUGGAUGCCAUCGUCCCACCUGGCUGCAGCCUGGAGGCCACCCACAAGCUCUUCCCUGACCAUUUCCUCCUCUACACGGAGGCUUGCACUGGCUUCUUCAUGUUCCGCUUCGCCGUGUCCCUGGGCUGCUGGGAGCGGGGCGACCACUACAGCUACAGCAUCCUGACGGUCAUGAACCACUUUGUGUCUGGCUGGACCGACUGGAACCUGGUCCUGGAUCUGGAGGGAGGCCCCAACUGGGUCAAGAACUUUGUGGACAGCCCAGUGAUCGUGGACGGCAGCAAGGAUGUUUUCUACAAGCAGCCCAUGUUCUACCACCUGGGGCACUUCAGCAAGUUCAUCCCCGAGGGCUCCCGGCGGGUGGGGCUGCGCAGCAGCCGCCGCUGCCUCCUCUGCCAGCUGGAGCACGUGGCCGUCCUGCGCCCCGACGGUGCCCUUGUCCUGGUGGUCCUCAACAGGUUUGGCCGGGAUGUGCCAUUUGGAAUCCAGGACCCUGCCAUGGGGUUCAUUGAGACUGUGGCUCCAGCCCACUCCAUCCAGACCUACCUGUGGCGCCAGCAGUGAUAGCCAGGGGAG